CCGCAGAAAGAGCUGCGGAUCAGGACAGAGGUUUUUCAUCAGACGCAAUUUAUUUCGGUCGACUAUGACGUCAAGAGAACACACGUUUCAUUCAACAAGCAAGAAACUAAGUUAUUUAUAACCCGCUGCAUCUCCAGGUUGUGAUCCUUGAGUGCGCAGUCAAAGGAAUACUCCCCAUUGGACGUGCCUGCGUAACAAAAGCCACACAGCUCAUGGUGACAGAGGUUCGGCUCAGCGAAACUAGGACGCGUCGACAGAAGCCCCCCACCACCAAAUUAUAAGAUUAUUGCAAAGAUAAACUUUGUUUUUUGAUGAUUUUUUUUUCUUUUCCACCAAACAAACCGAUGCCAUUCCUGUUUGGUGACACUGGGUACUUUGAACAUGGAGAAUCUUUUCUCUGACCAGGGCCUCGAGCUGUAAGUUAAUGCUGAAAAGAUCCGUGACUGGCUGGGAAAUGGCUGAUAUUCUGGAGCUGCGCACAGACGGAAACUCUCUCCUGAAGGCUGUGUGGCUCAAACGCCUGAGACUCACCCGGCUCCUGCUGGAAGGAGGCGCGUACAUCAAUGAGAGCAACGAACGAGGGGAGACGCCGCUCAUGGUGGCCUGCAUGUCAACACACUCAGACCCACAGAGUGUGAGCAAGUCCAAACUGGUCAAGUAUCUGCUGGACAACCAGGCAGACCCCAACAUACAGGACAAGGCGGGCCGGACAGCUCUGAUGCACGCCUGCAUCCAUAGAGCCGGUCAUGAGGUGGUGGAUCACCUGUUGAGCAACGGGGCCGAUCCCAGUCUGGAGGACCGGAGCGGGGCUUCGGCUCUCGUCUACGCCAUCAAUGCAGACGAUAAGGAGACACUAAAACUACUCUUGGAUGCAUGUAAAGCUAAAGGAAAAGAGGUGAUUAUAAUCACUACAGACAAAUCCCCAUCAGGCACUAAAACUACCAAACAGUAUCUAAACGUCCCUCCGUCUCCAGAGCUGGUGGAGAGGUCAUCUUCAGACUAUUGUGCUUCUCCUUCUGAUAUCAACGUUACUGCAUCUCCUGCAUCUGAGCAAGAGCAACAAAACACCGUCUUCAGCUUCCAGACUAAGAUCAAGUCCUCCAGUGUCGCUGCCAAGCUCACAAACGGACCCACUUCUCCGACUCGCCGACCGGCGAACCCCAAGCGGGCGCGUUUGCCUCAGCUGAAGCGGCUGCAAUCAGAACCCUGGGGGCUGAUUGCUCCCUCCGUCCUGGCUGCAGCCGCUGCCCAUGAGGAGAGCAAAAAGGCCAGCUCUGAUGAGGAUGUUGUUGCUGGGGUGAACGGACUAUGUCUGAGUAAAAGGUCAGCGCUAUCACGACAAAACAGUGUGGAUGGCAAGGACAGCCUUCUGCCCCUGGUGGGCGAGCAGCCCUGCAAAAUGACGCCCUCAUUAUCAGUUCCUCCGACGUCUAAACAGUCGUAUGAAAGAUCUCUGGGCCAGCACCAGCCACUGGCUCGGCGCAGCACCGUGCCCACAGAGCAGGAGAGCACCAGCUGCACCACUGGCCUCAUCAGCCUGAGAGACACAAUGCACCGCAGACGUCUUGGAAACGAUCACUAUGACUCAGACUCCCAGCUCUACUCCGACUCAGCCAUGUUAGACUCUCCUAAAGUCCCAGUGGAGCGGAGGAAGCUCAACACCUCACCGCUGGCGCUGCUCACCAGUUCCAGGGAAUCUCUGGACAGCAACGCCAACACGUCGUCUCCCAGCACCGCGCGCAGGCCGGUGCCCGGCCUCUUGGAGCGGAGGGGCUCGGGCACGUUGCUCCUGGACUACAUCUCCCACACCCGUCCCGGCCACCUACCCCCUUUGAACGUCAACCCCAACCCUCCUAUCCCCGACAUCGGCGCCAGCAACAAGCCCUCCUCGCCUCUGGCCACAGGAAUCCGAUCCAUAGCUCCGGUAGCACCAAACACACCAAAGAGAGGAGGUCUCAAGUCAAAGAAAAAGCUCGUGAGAAGGCACUCUAUGCAAGUGGAACAGAUGAAGCAGCUCUCGGAUUUCGAAGAGCUGGCUCAUUAGAUGGCGCUAUUGCAGCAAAUACUGUGGGAGGAGAACCGUAAAUCAGGACGCGGUGAUUCGGUUAACGCUGAAUGAUGCGUCCUGAAGAAGUGAAACUGAGCAAUAUAGAUAUAUUUCUUCCCUGUGUGACAAACGACCAUGAGAAUUAACUUUGUACUCGACACCUCUUGUAUAUCGCGUACACCUUUGAAUGUAGAUGCCAAGACUUGGUACGUUUCCUCUAAGCUAGCUCUUUUUACCAUUUAGCGCGUAGGGAAACAUACAGGGUCCAUCUGUAGCCAUCAGGCCACUUGAGUGCAUUUUGUGCACAUGUAAUUAGCACCAUUUCUGGAGAGAAAAAGAACAAAACAAAAAAAAGAAUGGUGCCUUUGUCUGAGAUGUAGCUUUGAGUGGAAAAGAAAUGUGACUGUUUGUAGCAACUGUGUACAAAGUGCCUUCAAGAGAAAGAAACCAACACAAAAAAUAGAAUAAAAAGAUUUAUUUGUUGUAUGAUUUGGAUUUAUGUUGAUGUAAUCAACAUGUGUUUUAUUUUAACAUCCCUUAUGAAACAAGAUGACAGAUAUUUAUGCCUUAAUAUUAGGUAAAAAGAACAAACUAUGAUAUAUGACUUUAUUGCCCAGGAGGAAGAGAAUAACAGCGUAAUCAUUAGCGGUGUUAGCAAAGCACACUUAAUCCUUAUAGGUUUAUUCCAAGCAAAGGUGAAUGUCAUGUGAGCCCGAGCUCCACGUAGACAUUUGUUGAUUAAAAAUGUCAUUUCACGCAAACUAAAGAUCAUACAGCUUCCAUGUCACUUAUCUGUGAAGCAGUGAUUUGUUAAGAAGGAAACAUAGUUUUAUCCAUAGUAUUUUUGCAAGUAGUUUGUUGUACAUUUGAAAUAAAUGUUUAUCACUUGUG